UUUCAAUGAGCCGCCAUAUUAGGAAACCAAACCCCUCUUUCAUUCGAUUAAAAAAAGAUAGGGUUUACGUCCAGAAUAGUUUCCGAAGUGCCGGUCGUUGCUGAGCGCUUGAAACCUCUCGUUACACCUGCACAGGCGGUAUCCGGGCUCGGUUUGUUUACUGUCGUUCCUACGGGUUAUUUAACGACUCUUUCACAAUGGCGACUGCAACUCCGACCAGCCAGAGAAGCACGUGCGGCAGCGGCACACCGCUGAGCCCGACCAGAAUAACCCGACUGCAGGAGAAACAGCAGCUCCGGGACCUCAACGACCGCCUGGCCGUUUACAUCGACAAAGUCCGCAGUUUGGAGUCUGAAAACGACGUGCUGCACUUGCAAAUUAACGAGAAGGAAGAAGUGAGGAGCCGGGAGGUAACCGGACUGAAAGCCCUGUACGAGACCGAGCUAGCCGACGCCAGGAGGUGUUUGGAUGACUCCUCCAAGGAGCGGGCCUGGCUGCAGAUCGAACUGGGAAAGAUCAGAUCCGAGCAUGAGCAGCUGCAGCAGAACUACAACAAAAAGGAUUCAGAGGCAGCAGGAGCCCAGGCCAGGCUGAAGGACCUGGAGGCUCAGCUGAACUCUAAAGAUGCCAUGCUGGCUACAGCGCUGUCUGAGAAGAGAGGCCUGGAGGCCACACUGGCCGACCUGAAGGAACAGCUGCAGGAGCUGGAUACAGGUAUCACUCAGACCAAGAAGCACCUCGCCGAUGAGAUGCUCCUGCGUGUGGACUUAGAAAACCGCUGCCAGAGUCUUACUGAGGAAAUGGACUUCCGUAAGAGCAUGCACGAGGAGGAAGUGAAGGAGGCUCGGCACCGGUACGAGACCCGACUGGUGGAGGUGGACUCCGGAAGGAAGGAAGAGUACGAAUAUAAAUUGACUGAGGCCCUGGCCGACAUGAGGGCUCAGAACGAGGAGCAGAUCAAUAUCUACAAGGACAACAUGGGGAGCACCUACCAGACCAAACUGGAGGACCUGCGUCGCUUUUCUGAGAUGAACGGAGCAUCAGCCAACAUGGCCCGAGAGGAGCUCAGAGAGUCUGCCCUGAGGAUUGAGAGCCUCACUGCCCAGCUGGCAGGACUGCAGAAAGAGACUCGUGGCUGGCGUGAUCGUAUAAUGGAGCUGGAGGCGGCUUUGGCUCAGGAGAAAGACACAAGUCGCAAGCUGCUGGCCGACAAAGACCGCGAGAUGGCUGAGAUCCAGGCCAAGAUGCUGCAGCAGCUGAACGAGUACGAACAGCUGCUGGAUGUAAAACUGGCUCUGGACAUGGAGAUCAACGCCUACCGCAAACUUCUGGAGGGAGAAGAAGAAAGACUGAAGCUAUCUCCAAGUCCUUCGUCCCGUGUCACGGUGUCCCGAGCUUCGUCCAGCAGCCGCAGUGUGCGGACCACUCAGGGAAAGAGGAAGCGUGUUGAUGUGGAGGAACAGGAAGCCAGUAGCUCGGUGUCCAUCGCUCACUCGGCCUCGGCCACGGGACCCAUCUGCAUCGACGAGAUUGAUACGGACGGCAAGUUCAUCUGCCUGCUCAACACUGGAGAUGAGGACCAGGCCAUGGUGGGUUAUGAGAUGAUUAAGACAAUUGGAAGUGCUGCAGCCACCUACAAGUUCACACCCAAAUAUGUCCUGAAGGCUGGCCACAAAGUCACGGUUUGGGCGUCCAAUGCCGGAGUGAGCUCCAAACCUCCCACAGACCUCGUGUGGAAGAACCAGUCAUCCUGGGGUUCAGGGGAGGAUGUCCAGGUAGCACUGAUCAACCCUCAGGGAGAGGAGGUGGCAAAGAGAAUCACAACAUACAAGACGGCAGUAGAAGAGCGGGAUGAGGACGAUGAUGAUAGCGGAGUGGAGGCCAUUGAGGAAGACCUCUUCCACCAGCAGGGAGAACCUCACACUGCCAAGAGAAACUGCUCCAUCAUGUGAGCCCACCACACCAACCAGCCACCUCCUCUGAGCCCAGCCAGUCUGCUGCCAACUGUAAUUCUAGAACUAUUUUUCUAUCUUUUGUAGUGUAUUUCAAUAAAAUUUAUUUAAUCUUUUUAUUUCUUAUGAAAUCUGCUUUUGGUAGAUGUAUUUUCAUCAGAAAAACCAAAAUAACAUUGUUACUGAACAAAGUUUGUAGAACCUAUUUUCUUGUUUUAAAAACCACGCAAACAGUAGCGAAACUCGGCUGUGUCUUUAAGAAAACAAUGGGUCAGGUGCUAUGUCAUUUUUUUUAAAUAGCUUUGAAUUUUGUCAUUUUGUAUUUUAUCAUUAUUAUUAUUUUAUUGAUAUAUUUUAGGCUAUAAUUUAUAAGAAAAAGCCACAGGAUGUCAGUGAUUAGUUUAGGUAAUUAGAUUGGUUUUUCAAUUAGGUAAAAAAAAAAACCUACUGUAAUAUUUUUUAAAAAAUAAUAAAUUUGGGGGGGGGGGAAAUACUGAAAGGACAUGAAAAGCUCCACAGUUAAAGGAGUUCAUGUAAUAAAUGACUUCCUCCCAUCAGUCAGGACCUUGACUGGACAAAAUCUCCGAAUUACACUAUAUGAAAGCCUGUUCAAUCCUUCUAGUAUGUUUAGAGAAAAAGCUCAAAAUACCACGAUUGUAUGAUUGUAUUCAUAAGGAAGUCAGGACAGUUGAAGUUUGUUGAAGGUGUUGAAUUACCGUAAAGCCCCUCACAGUACGUGCAGGAUUUGUGGCUUUGGUCACUCCUUGUUCUAGUAUGAAACAGAACUGACCUGGGGACACUACAGAAAAUGGACUGAAAACUAUAGCCUGCAAAAACUUGCAUUUGCAUACAGACGAAUGCUUAAGCCAUCAGAAUCAUUUGAUAGAUUUGACAUCACAAUACAGCCCCCCUACCCACAGGCGGGGGCUGUAAUAUGGUGUAGUGACAUAAAUUUUCUAAGCUGACUUGGAAUAAGCAUCGCACCACUAAUAAGAAGUGUUGAUUGUAUUCUUAACUUUUGAUAUUGAAGUGUUUGAAGUACUUUUUGUGUUGGUGUGUUACUAUGCAUGCUAUGGCUGUAAUCUUCAUAGUUGAAUGAUUAAAUGUAGUUUUCUUGUA